AUUUGAUCAUGAACUUUCAUUUUUCUCCUAUCAACUAGAAUUCACAUGCACUUUACUAGAGAACUCACUGAACUUCAUAAACUGUUCUUCCUACAACACAUAUUUAUUGGACUUCAAAUCUAAAUCUACUUCAUUUCGUACAAUAAUACGAUAUGGGUUGUGCUGGAUCCUCACAGACAAAAGGAAAUGUUAAAAAGAUCACAAAACCGAAACCAUGGAAGCAUCCUCAGCCGAUAACAAAGUGUCAACUCGUACAGCUGCGAGAAGAGUUUUGGGACACUGCUCCUCACCAUGGCGGUCGGAUAGAAAUUUGGGAUGCACUUCGUGCAGCAGCCGAAGCUGAUCCAUCUCUUGCACAAACAAUUGUGAAUGAUGCUAGGAUUACAGUUCAGAAUGCCGAUUUAACAAUUUGUUACGAUGAAAGAGGUGCAAGAUAUGAAUUACCAAAGUAUGUUUUGAGCGAGCCAAAGAACUUGAUUCGAGAUAGUUGAAAUCUCAGGAUUCUCAUACCAUGUAUUUGCUCAAUUUAAAGAAAAUUUUUGUACAUCAUUCCCUUUGAUAUGUUCAAGUUGAUUCUCGUGUUAGAAACUAUAAAUUUAAGAGAAAUGACUAUCGUUUUUGUUUUAGUAAA